AGACGGCGCUGGCGGCAGCUUGUAACUAGUCACUGUGGGGCUAUAGCUCAUUUUAUGCGCAAACUUGGGUUUAGACGCCUGGAUACUUGUCGCCAUGGGAGGGAGACGCAGGGGAACACCUGGGUCUGAUGAGGAUUUCUCCUUUGUCAGCCCAAUUGUGAAAUAUCUACUCUUCAUAUUUAAUUUUCUAUUCUGGAUAAUCUCCCUGGUGAUGGUGUUGAUCGGUGUGUAUGCCCGCAUGAUGAAACAUGCAGAGGCAGCACUGGCCUGUCUGGCAGUGGACCCCGCUGUGAUGCUGCUGGUCGUGGGGGUCCUCAUGUUCGUCCUCACCUUCUGUGGCUGUGUGGGCUCCCUGCGAGAAAACAUCUGCCUCCUGCAGACAUUCUGUAUUUCUCUGACGGUGAUCUUCCUGCUCCAGCUCACUGCUGGUAUCCUGGGCUUUAUCUUCUCUGAUACGGCACGGGGUAAAGUGACUGAGAUGAUCAAUAAUGCCAUCGUCCACUACAGAGAUGACAUUGAUCUGCAAAACCUUAUUGAUUUUGGUCAAAUGGAGUUUGACUGCUGUGGUGGUGUAACCUACACUGACUGGUCCCAGAACAUGUACUUCAACUGCAGCAAGGAGAACCCCAGCAGAGAGCGCUGCUCUGUCCCCUUCUCCUGCUGUAUCAUAUCCAAAGACAAGGUUGUUAUCAACACCAUGUGCGGCCAGGACAUGCAGGAUUUUGAGUACGUUGAUGCUGGAAACCACAUCCACACCAAUGGCUGCAUAGAUAAAUUAGUUAACUGGAUUCACAGCAACAUGUUCCUGCUUGGAGGCAUUGCACUGGGACUGGCCAUACCACAGCUGGUUGGGAUCGUCCUGUCUCAGAUUCUGAUCAACCAGAUCAAAGACCAGGUCGAGCUCCAGAGCUACCAACUCAAACACCGCUCUGACCCAUGGAGCUGACCCAGACCGGUCCAGAUUCUGAUGAACAGAAGCAUAAACGUGGUGAUGGAAGCAGCAGGGGGGAGAUGUAUUUAUGCCAGGUCUCCAAAAAAAACAUCUGUCAGUCUGGUUUUGUUCCUCUUGGAUUUAAAAAGGAAACAGAUGGAGAAACAGGACUCUGUCGCCACCCACUGGACGUAGACUGUGUUUGCAUUUACCAAACAUUUUUAGUAGAGUAGUAGUUGCCAAGCCGGGACUGGGGGCAUUAUAUUGACCUCUAGUGAAGAACUGCAGUCAGUAUAAUUUACAACAAUGCAUUUCAUAUUGGUUUUUUUUUGUUUGUUUGUUUGUUUGUUUGUUUUUUUCCGAGAUGCCAAACUGGAGCGGGAGUUAGAACAUGUCCAUGUAUCCGUGUUGCUGCAGAGGUUAACUAACUGAAAAGGGAAUAGCAUUUUCUAAAAUGUAUUGUUUUGCACACUCUGUCAGACAUAAUGAUUUCUCCAUGCUCAGUAAUACUGCUUAUUGUUACACACAUCUGUGAGGGGAUUCUGACACACUGGAAUAUACAUCACCUAUUGUUUUUCUUCAUGUUUUAAAAAUGUAUAUUCUACAAUAUGAAUUUCUUUUUUUUAAACUUUAUAGAUGAAAUACUUGUGUUAAAUGAACGAUACACAUAUGCCACUUGGUGUCUGGUUAUUUAUUCUUUCUUAAACCUGUGUGUUAAAAUGAGUAUUUAUGUCUGGGUGCCAGAAAUGGCCUGUACCCCUGUAACAGUAUAAUAAGCAUUUUUAACAUGUUUCAUUUCACAGAGCUAUAAACGAAUGUUUACACCAACGGUCUGAGCGUCCACUACAUGGCCAUGUUGGACUCCUUGGUUGUCCUGACGAGACCUCAUGCCACACAUGAGGUCAUUUCCUGCUCACAUUUUAGCCAGCUGACGGCCUGCAUGACUGCAGAGCUGCUGGAUUUUGUGGGGUGUGUGUCUCAAUGGGCUGCCAUUACAAACAAAUCACAUACGCUCUGCGCGCAGUUCAUACUCUGUACAUACGUGUGUUGUGGUUGUGGUUGAUAUAUUUUAAAUCCUGUAUGCGUCAUUUGAACCCUGUUCUCAUCUCUUAUUCUUCUUCUUUUAUUGUGAAGCAGUUGUAACUAAAACGCAGAAGAAGCGGGGACUCCCGGCUUUCCCACAAAAGAAAACAGUUGUGUGAACGCCUGAAUUGCUUGUUGAUGUAGUCACUGCAACAGGCCAAGUUUGUGCUCUGUGACCUAUCAGUGAGCAGACAGUGGCUGAGCUUCUCUGACUGAGGAAAAGAGAUUUACUUGGCACUAAAAAUAAUCUCACCCUCUCUGC